UAAAACUUUGGCCCAUGAUUUUCCCUAAUAUGACAUUUUUUUUCUUGAAUGACCUCCUGGCAACCUUGCUUGUGGAAAACGUUAGGUUACUUGAUCGUUUAUCUUCAAGAAGAGCCGUGGUGGGAACCUUAUAUUUAACAGCUACCCAUGUCAUAUUUGUGGAGAAUGGUUCUGAAACUCGCAAAGAAACCUGGAUUCUCCACAGUCAAAUUUCCUCUAUUGAGAAGCAAGCCACAACUGCCACUGGAUGCCCAUUACUGAUCCGCUGCAAGAACUUCCAGGUCAUCCAGCUGGUGAUCCCUCAGGAACGAGACUGCCAUGACGUUUACAUAUCUCUGAUACGUCUGGCUCGACCAGUGAAAUAUGAAGAGCUUUAUUGCUUUUCCUUCAAUCCAAAAUUAGAUAAAGAAGAACGAGAACAAGGCUGGAAGCUUGUGGACCUCAAUGAAGAAUACAAUCGGAUGGGUGUUCCAAACAGCUAUUGGCAGAUUAGUGAUGUAAACAGAGACUACGGAGUCUGUGACUCCUAUCCUACAGAGGUCUAUGUACCAAAGUCUGCAACUGCACACAUCAUAGUGGGCAGUUCUAAAUUUCGCAGCCGAAGGCGUUUCCCAGCUCUUUCCUACUACUGCAAAGAUAACAAUGCCUCCAUAUGUAGAAGCAGCCAGCCUUUAUCUGGCUUUAGUGCUCGAUGCCUUGAGGAUGAACAGAUGCUCCAGGCCAUUAGAAAAGCCAAUCCAGGAAGUGAUUUCAUAUAUGUUGUUGACACUCGGCCCAAACUCAACGCAAUGGCAAACAGAGCGGCAGGGAAGGGAUACGAAAAUGAAGACAACUACUCCAACAUCAAGUUUCAAUUCAUAGGCAUUGAGAACAUCCAUGUUAUGAGAAAUAGUCUGCAGAAGAUGCUUGAAGUUUGUGAGCUGAGAUCACCUUCAAUGAGUGACUUUCUGUGGGGCCUAGAAAAUUCUGGCUGGCUGAAGCACAUCAAAGCCAUUAUGGACGCUGGCAUUUUUAUUGCGAAGGCUGUGGCUGAGGAAGGUGUGAGUGUGCUUGUUCACUGCUCUGAUGGCUGGGAUAGGACAGCCCAGGUUUGCUCUGUAGCAAGCCUUCUAUUGGAUCCAUAUUACAGAACUAUGAAGGGAUUCAUGGUGUUAAUUGAAAAAGACUGGGUUUCCUUUGGUCACAAAUUUAACCACAGGUAUGGCAAUUUAGAUGGAGAUCCAAAGGAGAUAUCGCCUGUAAUUGAUCAGUUCAUCGAAUGUGUUUGGCAGUUAAUGGAACAGUUUCCUUGUGCCUUUGAAUUCAAUGAAAGAUUCCUCAUCCACAUACAGCAUCACAUCUAUUCUUGCCAGUUUGGGAAUUUCCUGUGUAACAGCCAGAAAGAGAGAAGAGAGCUGAAAAUCAAAGAACGAACGUAUUCAUUGUGGGCUCACUUGUGGAAAAAUCGUUCAGAUUACCUGAAUCCUUUAUACAGGCCAGGCCACAGUCAAACCCAAGGGACCCUGCACCCACAGAUAGCUCCAUGCAACUUCCUGUACAAGUUCUGGAGUGGAAUGUACAACCGCUUUGAAAAGGGGCUGCAUCCUCGACAGUCAGUUACUGAUUAUCUGAUGGCAGUGAAGGAAGAAACUCAGCAGCUGGAAGAAGAACUGGAAGUCUUACAAGAGAGAUUGGCAAAUCUUCAGAAAUCACAAUCAGGUAAUAAUAAAGUCAAGAGUAAGCAACAGGACCAAAGCAAACAGUUUGGACUGUAUACUUCCAACAACAGCUUAGCUAACACUCCCCAGGAGUAUAGCAAUGAUCUGAAAUCAUUCCCAUCCAGGAGCCCUUCUCAAGGGGAUGAAGAUUCCGCCCUGAUUUUGACACAGGACAACCUGAAAAGCUCUGAUCCUGACCUCUCAGCCAACAGUGAUCAGGAGUCUGGUGUGGAGGACUUAAGCUGUAGGUCCCCAAGUGGGGGUGGCUGCUUGCCUAGUGAAGACAGUGGCAAGGACUCUGAUGAGGCUGUGUUUCUGGCAGGCUGAAAUAUCUUCAGGGCAGCAAGGAUCCAGAUGAUGUAAAGUCUUACACAGUCUGGAAUGACAUCUUUUCACCAGAUGAAAAAUGGAAGUGGUCUGCAGCCUAAAUAAAUAAUCCAAAGAAAGGGAACUGUGCAAUUGUGUAAGUAAAGAUGUAAGCAAAACAAGCUAUUACUAAUUGUAAGACAUAACAUUAAAGAAAGGUAGUAUCUGCUGUUAUAUUUCAUUAAUCCAAUACGGUGGUUGUUUUAUCAAUGCUGUACAUAAUUAUUCCUUACUUUGUACAUUUCCAUAAUUAUUUAUUGGAAAGGAUAAUAGUUCUUUUCCUAAAAUGUGAAAUUUCAAAGUAGUCUCAUAAACAAGAUUGAAGAUGCAUUACUGUUAGCCACUGGUGAAGCAGUCAAAACUUAUUUUUGUAGAGCUCAUUUGCCUUCAGACAUAUUAUGAAUAUUCUUUGCUUUUUUCUUCACAAGAGGUUCAAACAAUUAUUUUGCACAUUCUCCUACUAAAAUCCUUCACAGCAAAGUAAAACUAAUAAAUGGACACCCUGGCUCAGGGGACAAAUGAAGCUUUGAUCCUGACCAAAAAAAUCCAUUAAUAAGUUGUUGCUGCUGCUGCAUCUGAAUGCAUCCUAUUUGUACUCAAUUCUCAACCAGUGUUGAAAGUUCAGUAGUUUCUGUGACCAAAACUUCAAGGAAUAUAACCUUUGUGCUAAAACACCCCUUUGUAACGUAAGGUACAUGAGACAGUUUACUCUUGCCUCUUUAUGGUUUGCUAUCAAAUUUGUUUGUAUCUUACUCUUGUUCCAAACCACCUACAUAAGAAUUCUCAUAUUUUUAAGAAUAGGAGUAAUAGUUUUCAUAAUCAGCAGUUCAGGAGUAAACAGCUGAAAAAUGUUCAAAAAUUUGGAAUGUCUUGAAACUCACUGAAAAGGAGGCUGGCCAUAUUAGGCUGCAACACUUUCAAGUUAAUUUUUUUACUUUUUAAAUUUUAUUUAAAGCCAGCAGCAUAUAGCUGCUUUUACCUACUUGGAGACAGUGCAGAACUGAACUCUAGUAGAGCAAAGCAGUAGUAAUAGUUUACUUUGAUUGCAUUUCAUACUAUUCCUUCAAGUACAGACCUACAAAAAGAACUGUAUUAUAUAAAUAUACCUUGAUUUACAAUAAUUAGAUUUCAUUAUUCAGUCUGCUUUUCUGGAAUGGCCUUUCAUUCUGUUCUGUGAACAUGCUAUUAAAAGUGAAUAGGUAAACUUCAGUAUUAUUAUUAUUAUCCUCUGAAGGGAGUUGCUGUCUUUGAACAAAUAAUUCUUAACAGCAAGGUUUAUCUUAAUGUUAUAUUGGAAAGGCCAGAUCCUCAAUUUGAUAAAUCACUAUAGCUCAAUUCAAAUAAAAACAAUUAUAAAAUAUAUUUUGUUGAGAAUCUAGCCUUUUGGUUUUUAACCUUUGUGAAUUUUUAAUAAAUUAAAGCCCUGAUUUUAACUGCACUUUUAAAAGUGUUUCAUAUUUUGAACAUGGCCUAUAAACUUUAUGGCAUUAAAGGAAACUUUGAAUGGGUUUUCUCAAACUAAAGAAACAUGCUGCAAAGUCAGCAAUGAAAACAAAACACACAAAUAUUCUGCCAAAAAAUCAGUUUGAAAAUGGGCAAUGUUAUUGUACAUCUUUGAAGUGUAAAAUUGCAUAUGAUGAUAUUGUGCUCAACUAGACAUGUCUAGAAAUAAAUGCAGAAGAACAAGAUAUGCAAAUUCAAAGCACUGUUUUUGUUAUGCAACUCCUUGUAACUGCUUUACAAGUAAAAUAUUAACAUAUUAACAUUUUCUUUAUUAAGCCUUCACUUAGCAGCCUUCUGUAAUGUGUCUUUUAGUCCUUGGAAUUUUGCAUUAACUACUACUGCUUUCAUUGUACUGUAUGUAU